CUGUGCAGUGAGCAAGUCUGAGCUACGAUCAACGACCAUAGUGCCCAGGCGAAACAAUUGCAUCGUCCCGUCGUAGUCUACCUUCGACCGAAUAUAAGGACGGUGUUAUCAGUGUUGUUCCUUUUCACGUGCUUCUGCCAGUGUAUUUCUUUCGUUCCGAGCGAGGAAUCUUCCUCGACUCUAUUGGCCACGUAAACAGUUGUUGAACACGCCGUUCGUAGCAACGGCAUUUUUGGCACGACGAAACGCGUCAUCAUGUGGCUGACAAUGCGAGAUAUACUAGUUGCACUGAAAACGGAGAAGAAACGUUGGAUGCUCAGCAUGACCCAAAUUCGUCAGUGUAACCUAUUCUGCAUUGGAAGAAAUUAGAAUAAUCGAAGCGCACAUAACGGAAACGGAAAUAAAUAGAAACGGGGAAGCGAAUGCACGAAAUGUCCGAGAGUGAAAUAAAGUCAGCUUCGCCAAUACCCACAGUUAUGUGCGCGCAAUGCUGUAGCAGUAGCGGUGGCAGUGGAAAAGGAGGAGGAGGAGGAGGAGGAGGAAGUGGUGGCGGUGGCGGCGGCAGCGGCAGUGGUAGCGAUAGUCUAAUGACUACGCAAUGUUCAGCCUUGCAAGUUACUUCACGAAUGCUGCGCUCGCCGAGUCAUGAGAGCGUUACUACUGACUUGUCACUCUUCAGCGUUUCGUCAAUCGCAAGCGAUUUGCGCGGUGCCAAUAGAUUGGUCACUUUUAAAUCCUAUAGUGACGCGCAGCUUGCCGCACGAGGACCCUCUCCGAAACCGGACUCUCGACAGAUUCAGGGUAACAGACCAGCGGAUAUUCCUGAAAUUCUUUGGUUCGAAGAAGAAAACGAGCUAAUACGUAGUUGUGGAGUUCUUUCAUCAGCAUUGGGAUUGCGCAAGAGCUUCAGCACGAGCGAUGUAUCGCAGCUUCCGAGUCCAGACGCCGCCGGAGCCGGUAAUCUUCGAACGGCAGUAUCUGCUCUGGCUCUUGACACCGUCCAGCGCAAUACGCUAUUGCUGGAGCAUGCUAGACUUGAUCAUGCUUCAAGAUCUUGCAGCACUUGGGUCGCUGUAGGUGAACCUGUAGCAAGUACAUCUCAGCUUCCUAGUCCACAUGGUGGAGCUGCGCAAGAACAGCAACAGCAAUUAUCGCAACCGCAACAGGCGCAACAACAAUCUUCCUCGAACGCUCAAUCGGUAUCGCAAUUGCCGCCGCAACCAUCGGCACCGCCGCCACCACCUGUGCCCUUUACAGGAGCGGAUCUAGUUAGGUCCGUCAAUAAGAAAGUCCGACAAAAUUAUAUACGACGAAGAUUACUUACCACAUAUCGCGCUUUGGAACGUCUCUCGCAGAGUGAAUUUAAUUUAGAUCAAUUAGAAGCAGCGGCUACCGCGGCGCAAACUUCUCAUGGAACUACUUUACUGGUGCCCGGAACAGCCGCGCGGAUUCCUAAUACUUCUUUGAUAGGGCGAAAGGAGCGAAAUCACGCAUUGACAGUCCGGGAUGUUGAAAGAGAACGUGGAAAUCAGUUGUCCAAGUACGAAAGGAACAUGAUGAUCUUCAAUUGGCUUCACACUCUAGAUGACAAUGCAGUUGUAGACAGCGUCGAAUAAGAAACAAAAAAGUCAUUGUUUCUUGCAACUUCGACAACAUGCGAUUUAUCGUGCCUAAGUCCUUUUUUCUUCGAUAGUAUUUUAUCGAGAAGACACUUCAUUGAUACGGCCCACCAUACUAUCGCAUCUUGGAGGAUACCGUUAAUUUGUAAGACUUCGGAAAUUAUUAGUAGUGUUACUAUUGAAUUAUUAUGAUAUCUACAGCGGAAGAUUAUACGAGAAUCUUUUCUUGCACUAUUCAUUGAAAUAAAUUAGUUUCUUUUUGUAUACUCCUAAUGGUAUUCGAUAAAAACAAUAAAAUACAUUGAAGACUUUUCUUAUAGCUUUCCUCUGUCUAAUAAAUACUGGAUUUAUUUGGA